GAUCGAAGACAUACGUUGCUGCUGUCCCACGUUGUUCUUCUUCUUCUUCUUUCUUUUGUCUACGUGUUUUACUCUCUCUCUCUCUCUGUUGUUUGACGACCACCGGAGAACAGAGUCACCGCACCAAAUAUUCAUUUUGGCUUCUUAAAGAUUUGAUUUUUAUUUUCUUCGUUAUUAAUCAAUUGAAUCGAGAAUAAAAACAUCCCCCGGCGAUCUCAUCAGAAAUGAGUAACGAGCUUCUCACCAUCGAUCCUGUCGACCUUCAGUUCCCUUUUGAAUUGAAGAAGCAGAUCUCUUGUUCUCUCUAUCUUGGUAACAAGACUGACAAUUAUGUCGCCUUCAAGGUUAAGACGACGAAUCCAAAGAAGUAUUGCGUUAGGCCUAAUACCGGUGUUGUUCAUCCCAGAUCCUCUUCUGAAGUCUUAGUGACCAUGCAAGCUCAAAAGGAAGCUCCUGCUGAUAUGCAGUGUAAAGACAAGUUCUUGCUUCAAUGUGUAGUCGCUAGUCCCGGAGCCACCCCCAAGGAUGUUACUCAUGAGAUGUUUAGCAAAGAGGCAGGGCAUCGAGUUGAGGAGACUAAAUUGAAAGUUGUAUAUGUUGCUCCACCACGACCACCAUCACCCGUUCGAGAAGGAUCUGAAGAGGGCUCCUCACCUAGGGCUUCUGUCUCUGAUAAUGGCAAUGCUUCUGACUUCACUGCUGCUCCAAGAUUUAGCGCGGACAGGUUUGAUGCUCAGGAUAACUCAUCUGAGGCAAGAGCACUCGUCACAAGACUAACCGAGGAAAAGAAUUCUGCGCUUCAACUGAACAACAGGCUUCAACAAGAAUUGGAUCAGUUGCAGCGGGAAAGCAAGAGAAGUCAGAGUGGGGGAAUCCCAUUAAUGUACGUUCUUCUGGUCGGACUAAUCGGUCUAAUCAUGGGAUACAUUAUGAAGAGCACAUGAUCUUAUCCGUUUCGAAAACCCCACAAGUCUCAAAGUGCUUAAACAGCAUCGACAUAGAAAGAAAAAAUUGUGUUGAGGAGGGAGGACACAUCAUCUUCUCUUCUGUCUUUAUCGUCGUCUUCACAUGAAAAAUCUCAACUUAGAACGUUUAGAGGAUUUUAUUUGCGUUUUCGUUAAAGACUUAGAAUUUUUUACACAUGCGCCUUUUGUUUACCUCUUUUUUCUACUCAAAGACUCUUGUUUGUUUGUUUCUCUUCUCUCCACUAACUCCUUUCUCUAUCUUAGUCACAUCUUUGUAAUGUUUUCCUUAAAACAAAUAAAUAAAUGUUACUCUGUUUA